UAUCCCCUGCAAUUUUUCGUUUUCGAGUAAAAAAUAAACACAUUUGUUUUUUUAUUUAAUGAAAAGAUAUUAAAUUGAAUUAAAUAUUAACAAAUAAUUAUUUUCAAGAAUUAUUAUUCACUGAGAAGUGAAUUCCUUUAAUGAAACCAUAAGAAACGUCUAUCAAUAUACUUGAAAAUGAGUGUAGCCGAAAAGACUUGCAGGACCUGUGGCAAGGCGUAUGUUGUUGAAGAUGGAGCAGGUCUUUGUCCGCUCUAUAACUCAUUGGAAUAUGAAACAGAAAUCAAAAUGGCUUUAGAAGAGUUCGAUAUAUGGAACCUAAAUAUUAGCCAAAACGAUGGUCUCCCACAAAAAAUUUGUCUAACAUGUUUCGAUAGUUUUUGUCAAAUUCAUAAUUUCCGUUUAAUGUGUCUCGAAGCUCAAAUGAAUUUCAGUGAAAUGUGCACUGGCUUGGAUAUAAUAAUUCAAGAUGAUAAUAUAUCUGACGAAGAAUAUGAUUUCAAUGUAAAUGGCGAAUCAUCAGUAAUUGUUCAGGAACACUACACAUUUCCUGGAGAUGAACGUUUGAAAAAACCAACAACAUCUACAGAAGAAUCAAACGAUAUUGAUUCACAUGAGGAUGCUGUUGAUGAAACAAUAAAUCGAGAAGAUUUUGAUUAUAUUAUAGAGAAAGAAGAAGAAAAAUUGGAUGGAAUUCCAACGGAAGAAAACGGUGAAACAGAACAACAAGAAAAAGUUGAAAAACCAAAAACAGCCAAUGGCACCGAAGAAGAAAAUGAAAUUCAUUUAAGAAAAUACCUAUGUGAGUAUUGCAUGUAUUUCGAGAGUUUUGAUGACGCUGAUGAUCUCAAUAGUCAUUAUAAUGAAAUGCAUUCUACUGUUUUACCAUAUCCAUGUCCUAAAUGUGAUUUGCGUUUUGACAAGCUUGCCAAGCGAAACAGUCAUGUUCGGUCUCAUUUUGAUGUGAUUCCUUUGGAAUGUAAAUAUUGUAGUAAAAAGAUUCGGGGCGAUAGCGUAUUGAUGGCUCAACAUGUGGCAUAUUUCCAUAUCGAAAAGGAUCGCGAAUGUCCCGAAUGCCAAUUAAAGUUUCAACAAAUUUCGUUGGAUAAAUACUAUUAUCACAUGAAGUGGCAUAAUGAAUCCAAAUUGCGCAAAUGUAAGUUUUGUGAUAAAAAGUUUAUUCAAUCGCCACAUUUACACAUGCACGAAAGGACACACACAGGGGAGACGAAGUUUGUAUGCAAGGAAUGUGGAUUGGGAUGUAAAACCAUGGAUCUGCUUAAAAAGCAUAUUCUCUUGCAUGAGAACAAAGAAUUAAUCGAAUGUCCUAAAUGUCCUAAAAGAUACUUUACCAAACCUGGUCUCAAGCUGCACAAUCAGAAAACCCAUCAUCCAGAUAAGAAGCCCUCAAUUUGUAAAAUCUGCGAUAAAACAUUUCAAUAUAACCAUGACUUGGUAAUACACAAUCAUAAAAAACAUGAUGGACCUGUUCCAAAACUAGUUAGACGAACCGGGAAACCCAUAACAGCUGCAUGUGCAGCGCUAAGAGUAAUAAAAAAACAGAAAAAACGAGACUUUGUUAAACCAUUUAAAUGUGAUAAAUGCGAAGAAGCAUACGUGUUGGAGGAACAAUUAAAAAGGCAUGUGAAAGUUCAUGAUGAAUACCGGCCACAUACGUGUAAAUUCUGUUCAAAGUCUUUCAAACGUGACGCACACUUGAAAUUACACGUGAACAAUAUACAUUUUAAUAGAAAACCAUACAAGUGUUCAAUAUGUGGAGCGGCAUUUGUUCAAAAGAGUCAUUUAACUGAUCACACAGCUAUUAGACAUGAAAACAAAAGAAACUAUCAGUGCAAGGUUUGCCACAAGAAGUUCGGAACUUGUCAGAUUCUGAAAACUCAUAUGCUGAUACAUUCAAAUGAUAGGCCAUAUAUUUGCUCGAUAUGUGAUAAAGGCUUCAAACAAUUGAUGGUUCUUAAAUCUCACAUGACUUACAUGCAUUAUUGGAAAAGUGAAGAUGCAGAAAAAAAACUAAAUAAAGUUAAAAAUGAAAUUUUAUAAUUCUCAAAUUAAAAAAAAACAAAGCUUUACAAAAAAGUACAAAUGUUUUUUUAA